AAAAACAACACCUAAAAUGGCCACAGCGUCAUGUUGCUAGGAUAAUCGUUAAUAGGCUAUACUAUAUAUAUAUAGUUAGAUGUAGAUUUAAGAGUUACAUUCAUUUUAAUUUUUUUUUUAAAUUCUUUAUGCCUGUGUUUACUAAUAAUUUUACCAAUUUUGUUAGCUGUUCAGGUGAAAACAUUGACAAUAGAUCUUCUGAUGUUUGCUUAUAAACCAGGAAACCCUUGGUAUUGUACAUUCACAAGAUGCUCUUGAAAUAGUAGGAAAUGCUAAGAGUCUUGGGCUAUAGGUGUGUUACCUCAGUUGUACAGGUUGAAAAAGCCUAAUCAAUAGCCACAACAGGGAAAAGUGCAAAGAUAACUACACAAUGGAACUACAGCAAUCAAGUCAGGAAAACCUGGCAAUGUCAGAAAGCGAGUCAAGUGAAGAAUAUGAUGAUCUUGAAGAAGUAAACUAUGAAGAGCUUGAUGAUGAUUUGUUCCCUGAUAUGCUGGGAGAUUUGGAAAUCAAAGAUUUGGAUGAGGAAACACGCAAUUUUAUAAGUUCCAUAUUUUUUAAAGAUGACUCAGAUAACAAUGAUUCUACAGAUUCAAAAAAGCAAGGAACUGAAGACAGUCUGAUACAAGCACCGGUUAUUUUUAAUGGAGAAAAACAAAAUGUUGAGGAAGAUGAUGAAGUAGAACAAGAUGAUGAUGAUGAUGAUGAUAUUGACAGUGAAGAAGAAAAGAACAUUUUGCAAGGCAUUAAAGAAGAAAUUGAGACUAAGGUACGUGAAGAAAUGAAGGAAGAGUUGAAUGGUUUCCAGGCUCGGAUACAAGCUCUGGAAUGUGAAAUUAAGUCUGAUAUCAAUAUAGACACUGAUGAUGAAAUGGACCCAAAGCUAAGGGAGGCUAUUAUCAAAAUGAAUAAAUUGGAUAAGAUUUUGAAAAAAAAAGUUAAACAAGAGAAAGAGGUCAAAAAAGAAAGAUUACUCUUAGAGAGAAGGAUUCGCAAAGAAAUUGGAGAGUUGGAACAAGGAGGUUCUCAUGUAAGGGAGAUAAAACUCAAUACUGAGAAAUUUUUAUCAUUGGAAUUGCCUCCAAGUCAUAAUGAAGGAAUCAAGCUUGAUGAUGAAGUAAAAGUUUUCCCCCCUGUGUUUCAAACUCAAAUUGAUGAAGAUUUACUUAAACAAUCAAAGAGUGGGAACAACAAAACCAGCGACAGUAAUCAUCUGGAUAAGAGUACGACAGAAUCAAGAAUUUCAACCUCUAGACAAAGUGAUAGAUCAGGCACAAGUAUGUCAAAGGUUGGAUCAAAGUCAAAUAAAUCAAAAAACUUCAUCAAACGAAAUAAAAAGUUAGCCUCACAAGCUGAUGAACCCAUUGCUAUGACAGAUGAUGAAAAGAGAAGACUAAAAGAACUUCUAGAUGGAAUAGAUGACUUACCAGAUGUAGAAAACAUCGAUGAAAGUCAAGAGACUCGAUUACAGAUUUCUCUACAACCAGGUGAAGGCUUCUGUCCUGACAGCAUGGACAAAAAGAAUUUGGUUGAUAUUGAUGAGAGAUUGAAAAGCAUAAUGCCAGAAGAGGAAUUCAACUUUUUAAUGUCAACCAAUGACAAAAUGUCUAGUCACUUGAUUCCACAAACUCCAAUUUUCACCAAAGUUGGUGUCAAAUCAUUUCUUAAAGUGGACCCUGGAGAACAAGCACUGUUUGAAACCAAAGAGGAAAGGGAGCUAAAUGCUAGACUUCUUACUAUUGAAAAAGACUUAGAAAAGUUUAAAGUAACUCAGGAAAUGGAGGAGGACAUGGAAAAACAUUUGACAGAUGAGCAGUUAGACAGACUGUUAGAUGAAUGUGUUCGGAAUCUAUCAAGAUCAUCAUAUCUUGAAUCACCUGAUGUUUCAGCCAGAUCCCAGCAAUCAUCUCGUCAGCACUUUUUUGAGAAUCCACCUAAACUGACGGAGGAACAACUACAACAGCUUCUUUCUGAGGCUCAUUUUCCUAUGAGCAGUAAAUUGUUGGCAAUCAAGGAACAGGAUGAUGAUUCCCAGGAUGAGGACAACUACUUUGACACUAUUAGCGCUGAUACAUGGAAAGCUAUAAAAGAUGCUCAGCCUCUCAUGCCAGAAGAUGGGAAUGACAAACAGAGCAACAGCAACACUAGCAAAAAAGCCCAUGCUGUUGUCAACAUAAAAGAUCAAACACUGUGUAGUCUCAACAAGAACAUGUCAGCAAACAACGAUAAUGACCUACGCAGAUCAUUCAGCUCCGAGUCUUACAAGUACAAUUCCUGGUCAGGUCCUUGGGAUCAUAUCCCUGGCUCCUUGGGGGCCUAUUCUGUCAAUGAUACUGACAACAAUGUUCUACAGUCCAUCAGUGACUCUGCUUGUGGGAAAUCAUCAGAAGAUUUUAAAAGGUUUCCUAAAAUCUCCAGAUCGUGCAUAGAUUUUACAGCAGACGUUUCCAGAGGCAGCACAUCAGUGUCUUCGCUGUCACAAGACAGCUCUGAUAAUGAAGCUCACUCUGUGAGACUUCCUUUACUGUCAUCAAGUUCAUUUCUCAUUCAUGCCCAGCAAGGUCUAAACACUGAAGAAAUGAAGUAUAAAAGUAGCGUGAAGAGACCUGUUCUGACAGUGAAGAAUGACUUAACAGACACUCCUGCAGAUUAUUCAGAUAACAAAAAAAGAGCUUUUGAAAAUCAGACUUGAAAUCUCUCCUCAAAAACUUAUUUAAUUUAAUAUGGUUUGCUUUCUUAGAAGUUAUUUAUAAUCACAAUCACAUAUAGUGGUCAAUAACUUCUUUAAAAAGCAUAUUGAAUGUUAUGAAUAAUUUCACAUAAAGCUUGUGAUAUUUUGCAAGAUCAAUAUAAUUUUCAAAUGAUACAAAAUUCGUCUAGCUCCACAUAACCAUUCAUUGAAUGUUAUAAUUUUCACUCUGUCAUUAUAUUUAUUAAAAAAGUGCCAUUGUUAACUCUUCAGGCAAUUGUGAACCAUAUAAAUUAUGAGAAGCUUAACUCAAGAGGAAGUUUUAUUCUGAAAAUUAUGUCAAUGUUUGGAUGGCUCACAAAGCUUACCUUUAUUCUGUUUUUUUGGAUCUGAAGAUGCAAUAAUUGAAAUAAAUCCUUAUGAUUAUAAAAUUGUUUAACAUAAUAUAUAUGCUUUUUUGAAGGUUUCAAGAUGAAAUAAUAAUCUCUUUAAAAAUUUACAUUUAUAACAUGAUGAAAUAAAGACAUUGGGAGUAGGCCUAUUUCUAGAAGUCAUAACUUACAUAACUCAAUGAGUUAAAAGGUUUUACAAGCCUCUUUAGGGGAUCCACCUGGUGUUUUAAAUUUAUGCUUUGGAUAUCUUUUUUUUUAUUAGCUUUGGUCCCUUAGCAACAUUAUUUUAUUUUGUGUAAUAAUUAUAAUAAAAACAAAAUUGUUUGCUUAAAAGUUCUCCAAAAGUACUUUGAACUGACAUUAGACCAUUGAUGCUACUGAUGACAAACAAAAAUCUUCGCCAAUGUCUGUUAUCUAAUAAUUUUACUUUAGAUAUUAAAACUAUUGGCCAAGUGAAUACCUGCUUAAAAACAAAAAAACAGCCUUUCAAUAUUUAUUUACAAGAGUUCCUUAUUGAUGAAAGUAUUAUUAAACUUUAAAAAAAUAAAUGUGGGAUGAUUCUACAACAACUCGUUUUACAGUAAGAAUUUGUUUUAGAAAUGCAUAUUUACUGUACUUACAGUAUUAAUGGUAAAAUUUGCAGUAUUAUUUCUGAAAUUGAGAUAUAUGUUAUAGCCCAUUAUAAAUAUUUAUUUUCAUUGAAAUACUUGUUUUGAACUGCCCUCCAAUUGAUCAGAAGUAAAAGGAAUAAGUGAAUAUUGGUAUCUACCAAACAAACAAACAAAAUGUACUAAUGACAUAAAAAAUUUCUAUAUAGAAUUUGAUAACCAAUUAUUUAUCUGUUUUAAAAUCACACUGUAAAUAACGAGUGAUGUACAAAGAUAGUUUUAAAA